CAGGCUCACAAAUAGCUGGCUCUGGGACUGAAAAGGACGUGGGCUGGCUCCGAGGUCGCUCAGUCUGCAGGCCUCCCUCCCCGGACCACCACUCACACGCUCUCUCUCUCUCACUCACACACACACACACACACACACACACACACACACACACACACACACGGAAGGAGCCGGAGCAGCCAGCAUGUCGGACCAGUCUGCCUUCGACACGGACGUAUGGACCUUGACCCGGUUCGUCAUGGAGACCGGCCGGCAGGCCAAAGGAUCCACCGGAGAGCUGACCCAGCUCCUCAACGCCAUGCUGACGGCCAUCAAAGCCAUCUCCUCCGCCGUGCGCAAGGCCGGCCUGGCCCACCUGCAGGGCAUCGCCGGCACCGUCAACGUGACCGGGGACGAUGUGAAGAAGCUGGACGUGCUCUCCAACGACCUGGUCAUCAACAUGCUGCAGGCCUCCUACGGAUCCUGCUGCAUGGUGUCCGAGGAGAACAAGGAGCUCAUCGUCACUCCCAAAGACAAGAGGGGGAAGUACGUGGUGUGUUUUGACCCUCUGGACGGCUCCAGUAACAUCGACUGCCUGGCUUCCAUUGGAACCAUAUUCGCCAUUUACAAACGGGUGACGGAGGACGAGCCGUCGGAGCAGGACGCCCUGCAGCCCGGCAGGAACAUGGUGUGUGCCGGCUACGCCCUGUACGGCAGCGCCACCCUGGUCGCCCUGAGCACCGGCACCGGCCUCAACUUCUUCAUGCUGGACCCCGCCAUCGGCGAGUUCAUUCUGACGGAGAGGAACGUGAGGAUGAAGCAGAGAGGGAAGAUCUACAGCCUGAACGAGGGCUACGCCCGGUACUUCCACCCGUCCGUCAACGAGUACCUCAAACACAAGAAGUACCCCGAGGACGGCAGCGCCCCCUACGGAGCGCGGUACGUUGGCUCCAUGGUGUCGGACGUCCACCGCACCAUCGCCUACGGCGGCAUCUUCCUGUACCCGGCCAACGAGAAGAGUCCCAAGGGAAAGCUGCGGCUGCUGUACGAGUGUAACCCGAUCGCCUUCCUGAUCGAGCAGGCGGGGGGCGUGGCCACCACCGGCGCCCAGCGGGUCCUGGACGUCCAGCCCGAGGCGCUCCACCAGCGCGUGCCCUUCGUGGUGGGCUCCGCCGACGACGUCAACGAGUACCUGGCCUUCGUCAAGAAGUUCUCCUGAAAGAAGAGUCUACAGAACUCUAGACAUGCAGCGCCGCGCGGUGUAGUUUGACACCAGCCUCAGUGGUUUUUGCGUUCAGGUCGGUCAGUGUAGCUGGUGUUGUUUUCCUCCACUGGUUUGGCUCAUUUCUUCAAACUGAAAUUGUAUUUUUUAAAACUCGGAGAUCGUUUGGUGAAUCGGUCUCAGAGUUCAGCUCAACUCCACCGUUCACCUCCUGGAGCGCCUCUCUCUCCCAGAACUCUUCUCUCAGGUUUCAAAGCUUCAUUUCUUUCUCAACCAAAUGAUCACUGUCCUCAAGAAGCUUCGUCUCUCUGGCAUCGUGAGUCUCUCACAGUCAGAAUGUUGAGAUGUUUCGUCUUGAGGCAGAAGAACGUUGAAAUAUUCCUCGUUCAGUCUGAGUCCAGUCCUCCAGUCACAAUGGUUCCUGUGAUGGUCUUUUGGGUUGUUCAGUUAACAGAAUACAUAAUGUAGAAGAAAAUGAAGG